GCCCCUCAGCUGUGGAGCUGGGUAAACAAACUGGGAGUACUGAACACAGGCAGCAGCAGGGACUUUUCAGGCUUUGGGUCGACAUUUGAUGUAGUUUAUAUUCAUUUUAUACCAUUUGUAACUGUUCUGAAUACUUUGAAUACUUUGCCACACUCGUUUUUCGAUUUUUGAAACGGCUGAAAACCUGAAUCACUAGGCUGCUAGCUACCUGUGUUGCAUAUUAAAACUGGCCAGAUCUUUUUCGACAGGGCUUUUAAUUACAGAGCCAGCAAACAAAAUAGCUAACAAGACGAAGACAUUCAUGAAGUAACGUUUUGUGUUAUACUCAACGAGGAACAAUUAUUCCGAUUUUGGAUCUUGAACCGCAAUAGUACCUGUCUUUGAAAUAGUAUCACAAGUUGUAGAAAGGUUUCGCUAACGUUCGCUAGCUCCAGCAGAAUGACGGCAGUGCAGUUGAUGAACAUCCAGAGGUUAUUGGAAGCGGCAGAAUAUCUUGAUAGAAGGGAGAAAGAGUGUGAACACGGAUAUGCAUCGACGUUUCCGUCGUCAAUUCAGAACACGAACUACCAGAGGCAAAAUAAAUUUCGUAACAAGAAGUUCCACAAUAACCAUAACAGGUCUACACAUAAUGAGUUGGAGAAGAACAGUUUCCUGUGUAUCAAGAAUGGUCCUCCAGCCACGGAACAUCCAGCCAACCUGACACAUGGAACGCUUUCCCCACCUGGCAGAGUCCAUGCUUCAAUGAAUUCUGAGGGGUCUGAGGGCAAAACGGGGGCUGCAACUCAAUAUCAGGAAGGUGUUCCUUAUGUUUUGUACACUCAGUGUAUAUAUUUUUUUAAAUGUCCGCUUCAUUCGCUAUACAAGCGGCACUCUCCUAGCCACGCCAGCCUCACCCUCAUAGUAAAGCCUGGGGCACCGCCGUGCGAUGCUGCUCCCGAGUGUAACCUCAGAGUAAAGCCUGGGGCACCGCCGUGCGAUGCUGCUCCCGAGUGUAACCUCAGAGUAAAGCCUGGGGCACCGCCGUGCGAUGCUGCUCCCGAGUGUAACCUCAGAGUAAAGCCUGGGGCACCGCCGUGCGAUGCUGCUCCCGAGUGUAACCUCAGAGUAAAGCCUGGGGCACCGUCGUGCGAUGCUGCUCCCGAGUGUAACCGCAGAAAACUUGAAGAGGCGGACCGUAAGAGCCGUAACCAGCUGGACAGUCUGGAGAGGGAGCAGAGGCACCUCCAGCGCCAGUUGGACCUGCUGCAGGGGGGCACCGGGGCCGGGGUAGGAGGCACUGGGCCGGGGGAGGGAGAGAGGAUACGCAUGGACAGCGUGGGCUCCACCCUCUGCUCCUCUGAGCACUCGGACUCAGACCAAGAGGAGAUUGAGGUGGACGUGGAGUCUACAGAGUUUUCGGAGCACGGGGAACUGGACUCGGUUUCUACGGCCUCCACCAGCGAUCUAGACGACCACAGCAGCCUUCAGAGUCUAGCCAGCGACGAGGGCUACUCCAGCUGCAGCAUCCUCAAACUCUCCUCAGCCUUCUCCGGAUCCUCCUCAUAGGAGAUGGCUGUUGGGUGUAGACUCCUCCCCCCCGGCUCCAAUCUGCAACCUCGGGGGGCUAAAUCAACAUCCAAAGACCAACCACCUGAACCUGUCCAGCGACGAAGGUUACGAGGGCAGACCUUAAUCCAGCGUCCUCGUCAAACUCAGCACCUUCUCUGACCGGCCGAUUAGAGUUGUCUCCAGCCCCAGCUCCAACCUGCAAACACCUUGGCCUCCCCCUCCAUCCACCACCCCUGUUGUGUAUCGUCAUGUCACCCAUCUACAUGUAUCAUCGCCGACUACACCAUCGCCAUGGCAUCCCUCAAGUGGCGCCCUGACAUCCUUCUAACUUCCUGUCUGUAACCCCUCGCCAUCGCACCAUCCGUCGCUUUGCUCCAACUCGCUGCUGAACCUCAACCCCCAGUCCGAGAACAACCCCCCCCUCCGUCCCAAGCAGAAGGUCCAACCCCCCGUAUCGUCCCGAUAACGGGUACAUGAAGAACAGAGAUUGAUCCAAACACAGAACCAACCUUUAUUUUGAGAAUCUGAAUAAGAGCAAUGGUUUGAGAUUAGAUUUUGACUUGGGUGGCUUUAUGAAUGAUUGAAACUGAAGAUGAAAAAGGAUGUAUUUUUAUAUGCGGGGGAUCAGCAUUAUCUUGGUUUUAUUGCAGACAUAAUCGAAAGGAAUUAGACCCCCUUUUUUUAAAUCAAACAAUUGAUUAAGUUAUUUUAGAAUCAAACAACAAAAAAACAACCCCAUAUUUUAGCAUCAGAAAUGCACUUACAUUUCUAAUAUAUAUUAGAAUAUUUUCUGAUGAGUUUUCUGAGUUUUAAAACCUUGUUUGGUUCUGUGUGUUUGAGUGUUUGCUCUGGUCUUGUGUCUGAAGUCAAUGUUCUGCUGGACUUAAAACCCCAUUUGGGAACAAGUGGUAAUUUGGACACAGACUCUGUGGAAUGUCAAGAAGUCUACUUGUCAUAUCAACACAUUUUAGCCCUUGAACGACGCUCCUUUUUAUUUCACAUUUCUUGUCUUUGUGGGUUUUUUUACCACUGUGCAACCACAGCACUGCAUCCAACAGACACUUGACAUGGUGCUACCUGAAACAACAACCCCAUCCACAACGCAGCUCAAACGCUUGUACAACCAACGAUCCUUGUCUGUGUCAUACAGGACGUUUCCAUCCCAACGAAUGGAGGAGAAACAAAAACAUGCAUCAUAUGCAUUCCCAUGGAACGUGGGCGGUGCUCGGUGUGGAAAUCAAUCUUCAAAUGUGUUUUUACAACAACGCAGCUACCACAACAAGCGAUCCUGCACCUGCCUACCUUAUAGCUGUCUAUAGAAACAAAUUGGCACAAUUUAAAAAGAAGGAAUAGCAAGGAACUUUGGACUAUAGAGACAACAUCCAUCCUUUCUCUAUCCAGCAGUAACAAGCAAUAACCGUUUCUAGUAUUUUUGUUUAUUUUAAAUUUCGACCACUUGACCUCCUGUUUUUCCCCCCUCUCUUUUCCAAGGCAACAGACCUGUAGCCGUCCAAAAAAAGCUCAUUCAACUUGCGUAGUUUUUUGUACAUAAUUAGAUAGCUUACAAAUAGCUUAAUAAAUUAACGAUGAAAAAAGGAGUGUAAAAAAAAUCAUUAGAAAACUUGUGUAUAGAAAAAAACCUAUUGCCUCUGUUGCUGUUUUUGACCUUGUGUUUUUGUGCAUUUGAAAUGAUAUUUUUGAAAAGAUUUAUUCUACUUCUCUCAGAGUGUGACUGGCAAGCGGUCAGUCAGUCGUCCACGUGGCAUGAAUUGGACAGUAAUUGCUUUGUUCAUUUUGCUGGUUGAAACGUUCAAAGGUUACCAUUCUGUAGCUGUCCCCCAUCAACCCCAAGAGAAGUUCCACUUCAUAGUACUUAACUUAAAGUUCAAGACACAACAACAAGAGAACAACAACUAUAUGGCUGUAAUACAAAAUGGCCGCCACCCCAGGACAUCUUCUGUUCAUAAAUACAGAGUUUGUGUGGCACUCUUAUUUAUUCAAAUUUGUUUGUUUCUUACUUUUAUUUUGAAAACUCCUAUAUGGCAUUCCACUGGUGGUAUCUCGUGAGCUGUGGUGGAACUCGAGUCUGAAGUGACAGCACCAAGGUGUAUGAUGAUGUCAUUGACUGUGUGUGUACAUCCUUAGCCCUUGUUACUGAAGCGAGCCCAACUUGCACUUUGAAAAGUCUGGUUUUCCACAGGUAUUCACAUAUCUCUUCAUAUGAAAGAACAAUCCCACCCUGACCCUUGAGUUUUUGAAGUUUAUAUAUUUAUUAGCCUAUUUCUCCAUCCCUCACAGAACCAACACAGAUUGGGAAAAAAAUGAAAAAAGUUAACUUAUUUGGUUUCUGUCUUAUCUUAUUACUCUUCCUAUUUUUUUAUGAUUUUAUCCCUUAUUUUAAGAUUUAAUGUUUAAAAGUGAAACAAUUGUUGUUUCCCAAAUGGCACCCUAUUCCCUACAUUGUGCACUACGUUUGACCAGACUCUGUCAAAAGUAGAGCACUAAGUAGGGAAUAGGGUGCCAUUUGGGAAACAGACCAUGGUGAAUCGUAGUGAAGUCAGUCAGGAUACCAGGCUAAUGUUGUUUUGUUAGACGGACACUUGAAAUGUAAUCAGCCCCCAAGCUGCUCCCAGUACUGAGCCUUGCCUCUCAUGCAUCCACGGUCGAGUUCCAAACUGACCCCAAGCUGCUCCCAGUACUGAGCCUUGCCUCUCAUGCAUCCACGGUCGAGUUCCAAACUGACCCAAGGCUGUAUGGUCAUCUUCUCCUUCUCUGAUAGGCUGAGUGGAGUUUUUGUCCUAACAGUUUACACCUAUCCAAUAAUCCUAGAAUUUGCUAGGAGGGGAUGGGGGUGUAGGGUCAAGGGGUUGAUUUUGGACUCCUACAAUAGCCAAGUCUAAUGGGCAAAUACUGAGCCAGCUACUAUACAAAAUGGGGGCUAACUAACUAACUCCACACUCUAGUAGGAAGACAAGUAGUAGUCUUUACUAGAUUAUGUUUUCGUCAACAAAAUGUGUCUUAACAUUUACAAAAAGCCUCAGAUGAAUAUUAUUGAGAACAAAAACCUAUGGUUUCAACGAAGGACAUCAUUCAAGGUGUAAAGUUAAGAGUGUAAUCUUGAGGGAUUUCAUGAUCUCCUCAAAUUUGGAUGGUUCACUGACGAUGGUGCUUUCUCGAUAGAAACAGAUAAACCAAACGACCUCAGAACACCAACAGUGUCCUCUUCUCUUUCACAGGGGGCAGAUUACUUCACUCUCCUUCAUUUACACUUCUAUCUUCUAGCGCUUUUUCUUUGUCGUUUUUUGAACCUGCACUAUGAGGAAAAAGGGCCCAUAUUUAAUGAAAAACUGUGUUUUUCCCCAAUACCCUCUCUCUUUUGUGUGUGUUGUCUGGUGUCCUUAGUGCGGCCAUAUAAGUGAUACCUGCUUUUGCCUGUGUAUGGCUAGCAGUAUGUUGUUAUAUCCAGAUUUGGGGGUCUAUUCUAACUCAGUUCCAAUCUGUUCAGUUCAAGAUGGGAAUUUCUUACCUGGUAUCCAAACUGAAUUCACAUUCCAUUUUGCGGAUGGAAUUUAGAUGGAAUUGACCUCCACCCUGAAUAAUGUCACUCCAGUGUACUAGGUAUUGGUCUUAUAGACAAUGACUCGGAGGGGGGGAACAAAUAGCCUGGGAACCAGAUCUGUUUGUGCUGUCUUUCCAACUCCUGUGGUCAUUCUGGUCAAGACAGCACAAACAGAUCUGGGAACCAGGUUAAGGCAGAAUGAAUGGGUAAAAGUAGAUACAACUAUUCCCACCUCCAAACAGGACAGACCUAGCCGGGGUUAAACUAGGCUGAAUGCUGUGAUACAAGUUAGCGUAGCAUUCAGUCUGGUUUAACCAGGCUAUAGGAGAGACUAUAGUCCCCUUGUUGUUCAGAUGAACUCUGUGGCCAUCAAUCCUUUGUAGAACAUGCUCUCUGAUGAUGAUGAUUCUCGCUGUGUAAGUUUGAAAAUGCAAUACUUACAAUAAAACACCAAGAUUUUCAAACCGGAA